CUUAUGGCGGCUUGCAGUCAGGUGCAGUGGCGUGGCUGGCUAAAAAUGGACGCUCUACAAACCCCUCCACAGUGAAUGCCUUCCACUUUAUUGUACAGCACGCUCAACUAAAGUCGGUAGCAACCAGUGCAGUGCAAAAUCCCAUCCAUCUUCGACAAUCGAUAUUCGUCUAGCGGUACAGCUCAAAGUGCCUCAAACGGCGGAUAAUCGAAAUAUCGUCAAAAGAUGGCUUCCGUUACCCCUCACAUUGGCCAAAGAAGGUCCUACGACGGCGCCCUGUGCACCGUCCGAUUUAUUGGUGAACUCGAGGGCACCACUGGCUCAUGGCUUGGAGUUGAAUGGGAUGACCCGACACGCGGCAAACACGCUGGCCAACACAAGGGCAUCCGAUAUUUCACAUGCAAAUCCAAGUCAGCAACAGCAGCGUCUUUCAUCCGUCCAACUAGACCGGCAGAUGCACCCCAGACGUUUCUCUCUGCACUCCAGCUCAAGUAUGCAUCUGACGGACCUUCCGACAAUGGACCCGUACUCCCCGGAAAGCAAAUCGUUGUCGGAGGCAAGGUUGCUGAGGAGGUCGGCUUUGAUAAGAUCCGCCGUAAGCAGGCACAAUUGAGCGAGCUGAAGAUUGUCAUCCUUGACGGCUCAUGCAUCACCUCUGCUUCUUCACCAACAACAGACCCGGAAGAUCAUCAGACCAUCCGCCAGACUUGUCCCAAAGUCGUCGAGCUGGAUGUCAGUCGUAACUUGUUCACCGACUUUGGGACUGUGGUGGAUAUCUGCUCCGAGUUGGAUUCCUUGAACAGUCUAAGAGUUAACGGAAAUCGCUUUCAAAACGUCCUCGAACAUGAAAAGCUCAAUGGACCACAUGAAGCCUUCAAAGGCGUCAAGGAGCUCGAAAUGGGAGAAACGCUACUAGGUUGGCCUGAGAUAUGCCAUAUCGCCUCCAAGUUUCCUUCCUUGACUCUUCUUGAAAUUGGCACAAACCAGCUGUCUACUCUCGGACCAAUCCCGCCAGCAGUAUCCUUCACAUCGACACUAGUCUCUCUGAACUUGGAGUUCAACGGGUUUACAUCACUUCAUGACAUCGCUGCUCUCACGACUAUCAGCACCCUUCGAAAUCUGCAUCUGAAGGGUAACUUGAUAUCCUCUAUCACAACCUCUUCAUCCACUGAGGUACCAGUCUUUGGAAAGAACCUUCAAUACCUUGAUAUGUCAUACAACAAGGUCAGCGAUUGGCAAUUCGUCGACGCUCUUCUAGACUCCUUCCCUGGAUUGACUUCUUUGCGAUUCUCCCACAAUCCGAUCUACGAGAACCCAGGACUCGAGGAUGGGGCUAUUUCGGAAACGGACGGCUCGAAGAAGGGCACUGCCGCUAGUGAUGAGGCAUUCAUGUUGAUGGCUGCGCGUCUCCCGUCCGUUAAGACGCUCAACUUCAGCAAUAUUACUACUGCGGACCGUACCAACGCAGAGAUGUACUAUCUCUCUCGCAUAGCUCGACAAUUGUCAACCACUCCGGAGGCAGACGAAGCCCAAGUGCUUGCACGUCAUCGGCGCUGGGCCGAGCUAUGUGAACUCUACGGCGAGCCAGUAGUAUCGCGUCAACAGGACAUCAACCCGAACUUCCUUGAGGCAAGGUUGAUUACUGUUCACUUUUACCUCCCCGAGUUGGCGACCAGUGAGUCAGCAGACAACAUGUCUGUGCGAGAGAGGAUCGUCCAGAUACCCAAAUCGUUUGACAUCUAUGCAGUCAAGGGAAUUGCUGGGAGAAUGUUUGGUCUCCCGCCUCUGAAGCUGCGACUGGUGUGGGAGACUGGUGAGUGGGACCCGGUUGGUGGGUUCGAUGACGACGAUGGUGACAGCAGUGAAGACGAGGAGAUAGAGGCAGAGAGAGAGCGCAGACAGGACGAUUCCGCCUCACUGGCAGGCACAUCUGUAGCCGGAAAGAAAGGUGGAAGAUUUGUGAGGCGCGAGGUUGAGCUGAAGGAUGGUCCCCGCCAGUUUGGCUACUGCGUGGAUGGUCUCGAGGCCAAAAUCAGGGUCGAACUACGGUGAAGAUAUCACAAGAACAACUUUGUUUUGGUAGACGACCGGCAUCUACAGUCUUCAAAUGCAAACCCACCAUGUUCGACACAACACUACGAUCCAAAUAUGGUUCUCACAAGCGCUUGUUUCGGUCCUUCCAGGCAGUCUUUCCGCUGUGUUUGAAAUUUUGUCCGUUUGUUUGUUCGCCCAAAGCUUCAACGCUUGACAAGUUCUCUAAAGAUUGUCGGGCAAAAUAGCCGCA